AUGAGUGAAAUAAAUCGACGACGUUAUAGUUAUUUCAUCGUAUUGAUUAUUCUUUUGUGUCUUUCAACGCAUGCGUUUGGAGCACAAGUGCGUUUUGGGGGUAGUGUAUAUAGUGGCCUUACAGAAGAGAUAAUUCGUGAGGGUGGCGCAACAUUUGGGAUUCAGGCAGUAACUCCUGUAUUUGAGGGUUUUAAUGAGUCUUAUCUAAGAAAUCAAUUUUUUAGAAUUCUCAGUGAAGGCCAUAUAUUUGAGAUUAAUGGAACAAGGCGAGUUGUACAUAUGGAGAGUAACCCAUGGAUACAGCAACUUCCAGAAAUAAUUGACAAUGGUCAAAUAGAGGUACUGGAUAAUGGCCGAUCUGCGCGUUUUACAUUUUCCCCCUACCCACAGUUUGUUGUUAAAGAUAUGGUUAUCAUUGUGCCAUGUAUACCUAUCUCCAUGAUACAAUAUAGCUCAAGAAAAAAAGAAAUCAAAAGUGAUCAAAACUGUAUGGUAGGUCCACCAUUUCUUCUUACAGCCAAACCAAUAAUUCAGAUAUCCAACAUGGAAGAGAAACAAAAUGAUUCUCCUCAUUAUGUUACUGGAGAUAUUAUUGAAAUACCUUUUACAGAAGAUAAGAGUUAUUUUUUUUCUUCAAAAGUAAAAGUAAUGGAGGGUUGGGGAUGUUUUAAUACACAUGGAGCGGUAACUAGUGAGAAUGAUUGGGAUACUGGUAAAGGUUUGUUUCAUUUUGUCCCUCUUCGGGGUGGAAUGGUUACAAUAUGUUACUUACCUUUUCCAGAAGUAUUACCAUAUUUGAUGUUAAAAGUUGGAAAAUCCCUAGAUAUCGCUGGACCCGAAGGUAUUUCAACAGAACCUCCACAAAUUCGUUCUGGUAUGGAGUUUACAGGGACUGUAUAUGGUACAAAUUUAACAGAUCGUGAUAUUCUUAUUAUUACAGAAGAGUUAUGCGAUGAAUUUACAUGGGAACAUAUUAUUUUACCUGAAUUUUCUCUCUCUAGUAGAACUCGUGCUAUAUUUAUUGGAAUACUAGAGCAUGAGGGUAUUUAUCAUGUUUGUUAUCGUCAUGAAGGUUCUUCAAGAUUUGUGAAGGUAUCGUCUUUAUUGGUUGAAUUAGCUAAUAAUACUGUUAUUCUAACAGAGUCUAAAAAUGUUUAUUUUAGAGGAUAUGCUGAUAUUGUUUAUCCUGUCACUAUUGAUCGUUUACAAGUGAAACAUUUGGGAAGACUAGUACUCAAACGUGAUUCACUUAAUGUGUCUUCAUUUCUUUGGUCAGGAGGUAAUAUUGUGGGACAAGGUGCAAUUAACUGCAUGGGAUCUUCAACCAUUACAUCUCACAAUUAUGAACCUCGUACAAUCUCUUUUUUUCUACGUAACUAUGGUGACAUGAUGAUUGAUGUUCACAAACUUAGUUUAGAAGGUGAUGGAGUUAUUCACAACUAUGGAAACCUCACCAUUACUGUGUUAUCUUUGGGAGGUGAAGGAGUUGGCAGUAUUCAUUCUAGGAAUAGAAAUAAUGUUAUAGUAAAUCAAGGUGGUAUUAUUCGAAUAGUUGUGUUAGACAAGUUACAAACCCUUCUCUGUCAGACACGUAUUCAAAAUAAAGAAGGAACUCUUAUUAUUUCAGGUAAGGUUAAUAUCACAGAAUUAUCAACAGGAGAAAAGGGACGUUUGGUAUUGCGUAGUAAUGCUCUAGUAAGGGCAUCUGAUGCACGAUUUAAGGGAUCAGUGGUGAUGAAAAAUAACUCUGAGUUAACUAUUCUUGAAGAUUGCGCUUUUGUAUCAACCACUGUAAAAGGUAAUAAUAGUCAUAUUACUAUUACAGGUGAGUCUGUGAUUUUUGAUUCUCUUAAAGUUUCAGGAAACGUUACCGUUGAUAUUUUUGGUCAAGAAUUGGAUAAUAAAAAUGUGAUUGCCACACUAUAUGGAUUAAAUUACUUUGAUAAGGAAACACAUUUCAAUAUGCGACGUACUCAUUUUAUUCCCAGUACAGGAUCGGUUCAACUUGUUUCUGAUGGAGUUUUGACCGCUGAGUUUGAUACAGUUGACUUCUCUGGCGACACGCUCAUCGGGAUUGGCCAUCUUGCGGUGAUGUACGGCCGCAGCAGCCCGCAGCUCCCCGUCGACCGCGACCAGAGUUCCCGCGUCCGCUUCACCGUCUCGCCGAACGCGACGCUUGUGGCGAUGGACACGUCGCCGCCGACGCCAACGUCCCUGCCGGCGGGGCCCGAAGUCGACUGCGCCGCCCGCUUCACUUUUCUCGACGCCCUCGACCACGCGGGGCGGCUGCUGCUGCACGGCUGCCUCGACCUCCCGCGCGGGGGCGCCGUGUCGGGGAGCGUCGAGCCCCUCCGCGGCGCGGACGGACGGGCGGCGGGGAUCGUCGUGGGCGGCGCGCUGCGGCUGCUGGACGGCGCCCGCAUCGCCCUCGACAAUAUCGUCCUCCGCAGCGCGGACGUGCAGGGGGCCGGCGACGUGCUACUCGCAGCGCAGCAGGUGGACAUUGAUCGCACCUCGCGACUUGCACUGCAUGAGGGAUUCACACUUAACGCCAAUGUCACGCGCGUGAACGGGAUGCUGGAUGCGAAUGUCCGCGGUGUGGAGGUGCGAGGGCAGGUGGAUAUUCGCUCAGGGGCAGCGCUGCGACUAUUCGAUGUGGACCAACCAUCGACAACAGUGGCGUUGUGUGCCGCGGCGUUUAGGACAAGUGGUGGGGUGUGGUGGACACAAGAUUCACACGUAGAAUGUCAUGCAAAGAGGCUUGAAGAGGUAGAGCAAGAGAGACGUUUAGGUGCAGAUGCAGUAUCUGCAUCAGGGGCUAUGAUGCUGGUGUCACGUCACUCCCCACAUAGUCAAAAAGAAAAUGAAACCUUACAUCGUAUUUUCCCCAUCCUCGCGUAUAAUUUUUAUUGUACAGAUGAAGACGUGCACACCUAUACAGAAAAAUUUUUUUUAAUGCAACAUUUCAUGGGUAGUGUACCAUAUGAUCCUCCACCAAAUAUACCAACCUUACGUAAUAUUAUUAUCGCUAUUAUUGUGAUUCUCUCGUGUGGGUUUUUAUCAAUCCACCUCAUGUUGAGAUUGUUUAAAAUGACAUGGAGAGAAUGGUUAAUAGAUCUCAAAAAAGAACCACCUCUGCGACUUAUCUUGUAUCGAGCAGAAUUUACAUCACAAUUUUCAAAUUAUAUGGUACUAGCUUCAUUGUUGUUUAAUGCAAUGCAAUUACCUGGUGCUUCCUUCCAUCCACUUACUCCGGUACCGCUUGGAUUCAUGACAGCACUUGGUUUGCGUAGUAUGCAUUUGCUUAUGCCUCAUCAAAAUUUUCGAUCUUAUAUUCAACUAAGUUUUGUUAGUUACUGUCUUAUUUGUUGGGGUUUUUUUGUAUUCCCAGUUUUCCUUCUGUCUCGACAUGAUAAUUCCCUACGUUUAUCUUAUAGAAGGAUUUAUCCAUUGUUACGUGCGUUUUCUAAAAUACAUUACAUAGUGCGUCUUUUAACAUUUGUUUUUAUGAUUCCUAUUUCUUCAAUGAUCAUGGAUCUUGUCGCUUGCAAUACAAUUCUUUAUGACUUACCCACCUGUGAACCUUUUCGUGGAAACCUGCUUGCACCUUGUAGCGCUCUGAUUGUGGUAUUAUUUUUGUUACCCUUGGAGAGAGUUUCGGGAAUGAAACUCUUGCGAUGUGACUUAAACCUUAAAUUCUCUGUUUUAUUGAUUGUGCGUGUGGGAAUGGUAAUUGAGGUCGCUAUGUGGAAGGUUUUCUACCAACAUCCUUUUUUAUUGUCAUCAAGCAACUUGUUUUUCCAUGGUUCCCGGAUUCUGCUUUACUUUUACACUACGCCAACGGCCUAUAUAAAUAUUAAUAGGCUAUUAUUCCUUCUUUCUGUAGUAGUGUUUAUGUCAACUCUCUCUAUAUGGAUUCAUCAGGUUCGUGUUUACUUUAGACUCUGUUAUACAUGUCGCGAUGGCGAAAUGUAUUUUUUAACUAUAUUCUUUUCUGCAGCUAUAACAAUCAUUAUUGGCAUCUGGGUUUACGUAAUUUCUCCUGGAACGGAGAAUAACAGCAGUAAUGAUCCUUCUAUAGAUGCUAUUAAUAGUUGUAUUGAACAAAUUCGAUGCCGUAUUGAGGACUUAAAAUGUGAAUUACUAGCUUGUGCAUCUGUUGAGGAGCGAGAAGAUGUAUUGAAUGCUGGUCUACGUUUACGUACUGAGUUAAUGGAAAAAGAAGAAAAAUAUCGUUAUGAGAAGUACCGCUAUCUGCUUGAUUUCUGUUAUCCCAAACGUAUAUUUCUCAUCUCUGACAAAAAAUCAGUAAAUGCUCUGAAACAUGUCCGUCGACAUUCCGGUAUAGAUUUGAGUAUGCUCGUCUCACCAUUGACGUUAAAUUCUCCUACUUCAUCUCUGAAUGACUCUGAUGAUGAUAUAGUGGGUAUAAGUGAAGAGGAUUUAGAAUCUUUCCGUUGUGGUCCUGCUCUUGGUUCAGGUAGCUAUGGUACAGUGCAUCUCGGUAUCUUGAGUUGUGGAAAACUUGUGGCUGUCAAGUAUGUGAGUAUUCAAAAUCCUUGUAGUGAUGCUCUUUUACAAGCCAGGGUGGAAGUGAAUAUGCUUAAAAAAUAUUGUCACCCAAACAUCAUUCGUUAUUAUGGAUGUCAUACUGCACAUGGUUAUAUGAUGAUAUUUAUGGAAUUUGCAGUAGCAGGUAGUUUAACUUCCAUCGCAAAAAAAUUUGAAGGAUUAAAUGAAUCUGUAAUUUGCCUUUAUACAUAUCAAAUACUGUUAGGUCUUCGUUAUUUGCAUUCGAAGGGUGUGGUUCAUCGAGAUAUCAAGGGUGAAAAUAUUCUUGUGAAUGGUUUUGGAGUGGUGAAGCUAGCUGAUUUUGGAUCCAGCAAAGUGUUGGCAGGUAUUACGAAUCGAAGCCACGCCGGUUGUGAGACCCUUGUGGGAUCUCCCUUCUGGAUGGCGCCAGAAGUUAUUCGUAAUGAACCGUAUGGAACGAAAGCAGAUAUAUGGUCUGUUGGUUGUACAGUAGUGGAGAUGCUUAAUGGUGGACUUCCUCCAUGGCGGGAAGAGUUUGAAAACGUUUACUCAGCAAUGUAUUACGUGGGAUCAACUGAUAGCAUUCCAAGUAUUCCAGAGGAUACAUCUGAAUGUUGCCGUGAUUUUUUAAAGUUAUGUUUUCAGCGGGAUACAACGAAGCGACCAUCAUCAGAUGAGCUUUUGAAACAUCCAUGGCUCUCUUAUAUUGACCAGAGUGCAAAGUUACACCCUCAAUCCCAUUGGAGUUAUUCUUCCAAAGGAGACUAA